UGCUUCUAUCAGCACGGCACUCCGCUCGUCCAGCGCCAGCAGUUUUCGAUAAAAUUCGGUUGCGUGAUAAGCUUACGUGUGUGAAAACAUUAAAUUUAUUUUACUCUCUAGAUCACGUAAAACGUGUUAUUCGAUUGAAUUAUCCCGUAUAUCCGCGAGCGAUCAAGUGUAGUCACAAUAACGGGUGUGGAUCGUGAAUAUUUUAUUAGAUUCUAGAAAAAAGUAUUUGAUUUGACAUCUAGCAUUUCGCAAGUUUGACAAAGCUGUUUAUUUGUGUAUGCCGUGAUUGUCGUAUUGUCGUGUGUAAAUUCGGAGAUAUUGAGUGUUAUAUUAGUGCGUUGGUCGAUAACAGGUGAUGUGGUGAACGAAGUGUGUCUGUUUUUGUGAAGUUUGUUUGGAAUCGUGAUGUGUUUGUGCCUGCGCCCAGCUCGCUCGACCAUGGUGCGGAAGGGAGAUAGACAAAUCAGCUUUUCCUCAUAAUGGGGUAUUCCUCACCGCGGCCGCGUCGUACCGCCGCCCACCAUGCUGCGUCCGGAGUCGCCCCUCGCUGACCACCGCAGCCUCCUGCCGCGCCGCCUCCUCCCCGUCAAGGCCCAAAUAGCCCCUGCCGACAAACGCAAGAACCGACGCUCCCUCGAACUCAACCCACCCACCGACUACGAGUACCCUAAGCUCCUCAUCUCCAAAACUACCGACUCACUCAACAUAGCGAAAAAGCAAGAAUCCGCUGAUAGCUUGAAGCGACUCUUAAAAGACGAUAAGAAGAAAGUCGUUAAACAGGAUUCCACUGAGAGUCUUAAGAAAGCUUUCUUAAGCAGACAAGACUCUAAUGAUAGUAAGAAGGAGCCUAAGCGACCGAAGCAGGAUGUCAAGCCUGAAGUCAAACGAGGAAGCGAUAAAAAGGCUUUACUCGAAACAGACAAUUUUGAGGAGACUUGUAAAAGACUAUACGAACGGAGGACAGGCGCCGCUCGUCCGACUUUACCCCCCGUAGCUGAGAAAGGGCUCGAAUCUCCAGAAUCUCCCAACAGGAGUCCUUUAACUCCUGGAGUGGCUGCGAUUGCCGAGGGUGUAGUUCGGUGGGGAAGUGGCUUGCUGUCUCCCAAAGAAGAGCCUAGGUUGAGGACGGCUAGGAGCUGGUAUGGAUAUGGGACGCUGCCGACUGAUAGCGAAAAGUUGGGAGCAGGCGCGACGGGCCCCGGAGCGAGGGCGCUAGAACUGAUCCUCAGCGGAGGCCUAAAGUCUCUGGCGAGGCCCGCCCGGCCUGUCCGCAGGGCUGCGUCGCGGGACUCAGUGCUGUCGCAGCCGCAGCCGCUACUUGAAGGCCUCCGCAAAUGCUCGACAGUGCUCGCGCUCACCGACCGCGAGAAGGUCACCGAACCGAUCCGCGCCCACAACCGCCUUCGAGCGCCCUCCGUCUGCUCCCGAUGCUCCUCGCUGCUGUCCCUGGCUGGCGCCGGAUCCAGGUAUUCUCUGGACGGCGCCGGCGGGGGCUUCGUACCGGCCGCUCCGGUCAACUGCAAGCUUUGCUUGGAAGACGCCUCUCCCGACAAGGUGACCGUCAUCGGCGGCUGCGGCUGCGCGUACUGCACUAAGUGCAUGAAAGCGUACGUGGAGUUCGAAGUGUGCAACGGGGCCUACGAAGUAUCAUGUCCGGACGCUCGGUGCCGGGCGGGCGCUGCGCUGGCCCUUGAAGAGAUCUCGCAACUGGUGGACGCCAGCGUCAUGGAGAAGCAUCUCAAAUUCAGGCUUAACCAUGAAGUGGCGAUGGACGCUAACCGCGCGUUCUGUCCCCGCGUCGGCUGCGACACAGUCGUGUCGCUGCGCGCCGCCAGCCCCGCGCACUGCCCGACCUGCCGGCACGAUUUUUGCUCGCAGUGCAACCAGGAGUGGCACGGCAGCAUGUCCUGCGAGGCGGCAGCGGCGUCAUCCUCCAUGGCCGGCGCCGGCGCCCCGCUCCUGCCCGACUCGGAGCUCAUCAAACUGUGCCCGAUGUGCCGCGUCCCUAUCGAGAAGGAUGAGGGCUGCGCGCAGAUGAUGUGCAAGCGGUGCAAGCAUGUGUUCUGCUGGUACUGCCUCGCGUCACUUGAUGAUGACUUCCUGCUCCGCCACUACGACAAAGGGCCGUGUAAGAACAAGCUGGGACACUCGCGUGCCUCCGUGCUGUGGCACAGAGCACAGGUGGUGGGCAUAUUCGCCGGGUUCGGGCUGCUCCUGCUGGUCGCUAGCCCGCUGCUGCUGCUGGCCGCGCCCUGCAUCGUCUGCUGCAAGUGCAGAUUAUGCAACCCCAGCACGAAAAACCUCGAAGAAGUCGACGAAAUCGAGAGCAUAAGUCCCGGACGCGAAGACGACGACGAAAUAACACGCGCCAGGUACCUCUCCGACUGACGCAAGAAGCGCUCCAAGGAGGGCUCCGGGCGGUGGUAGGCCAGUGGCCGUGGGGACUUUGUGAGGUGAGCUGUCAUUGGUCAAACGUAGAAGAGGGAAACAGUGAUUGGUCAAACGUAGAAGAAGUGAAAAGUGAUUGGCUAAACGUAUCCUGGAAGUUGGAGAAUAAUUUUGACUCGCCUGUUAAUCGCCGAUGGAUUUUUGUUGUGAGAAAUUUUGGUCAACUUCGAGUGUGCAGGAAGAAAGAAUAAUUUAUUGACUGCGGGCUUUUGUGUAUAUAGGUUUGAGCCAACACAAAUAAGAAUCUGGCCCAGCGGAGGUUAUCGUCAUAGGAAGAAUGGCCAUAAAUCCUACAUAAGGAACUUAUAAACCUAUCUGUAGGUGUACAUGGCUGAUACCUACCUAAUUUUGACGGACAACCAUUGAGUGUUGACAAAUGUGAUGGUGUAAAGGGGCUGAAUGAGUCAAGAUUUUAUAAAAAGAUGUUGAUUAUUUUUCACAACUCAUAAUCUUGUUCGAACAUUCAGCCAUUGACAUUCGUGUAGAGGUUUUUGCCAAGCGAAUACCGGCGUCGUAAACUGAACACUAUGAUUAUUGUAUAAAUACUAGAUUCUAGCCAAGGUUAUGUAUGUGACAUUGACUUUUGAUUGCAGCAGACUCAGAAAACGAAAUUGGAGGCAUAAUAAAGCCGUACAUAUUAAAAUCUAUUUAAAGAAGAGCUUAAAAGGAUAGUUGCUUCAAAUUUCGUUUUUUAGUUUUGCUCAGGGAUUAAGUAUUUGUAAAGAGCUUUGUUCAUAUAAUGUUGCAUGUUUGUACAUCGCUGGUUUUUGUGAUUACUGACGAUGGAUUAAGAAAUCGUGACCGUAAAUAAAAACUGUCAGUUCAAGGUCGUUUUUUUUUCAAUUGAAAGUUGUAUAAUUUGUAUGACUUCUUGACUUGGCUUGCAACAACUAAAGCCAUAUUUUGAUCUCUGAUUGUUAUUUGGACUUUUGGCAGAUUAUAAUGAAAUAUACCAACAUUUUGUGGCAGUAAAGAUUUAUAGGUUAUAUAAAUGUACUGCCUAUAUGUACUUUAAAACGGCUUAUAGCUCACAUAUUGAUUUGAAGCUUGUUAUAUUUGUUUGGGGUUGGAUUGGGGUAAAAGAGACUGAUAUCGACGGAUGUGUACCUAUUCGAGUGCCAAUGUAUUUCUUUCCGUUUUCCACUAAUGCCAAUUUAUUUACGCUUUUCGCCAACUUUUGGUCCUUUCGACUGCGUCAAUUAUAUUGACAGUAAACGUUUAUGGAGACUUAACUUCUUAUGUUGACAAUGUAAUUUAUGUAGCGGUGAAGAAAAUUUGAUAAAUGGCGAUUGCACAAUUCUAAAUUUGCGCCAAAAUUCUUUAAAAAAUAAACAAUUAAAAAAUGGUACAGUUAUUUUAGAAAUUGUAUAAAAUGCACCUUUACUUUUUUGUUUUCUUUACUUUUGAAUAGUCAGCAGCUGAAGUUGCUAAGCGGGCGAAGUGUUCAAUAUGAACUGAACAUAAGGUAAGAGAACAUAGUGUGUGUUGGUAAUUUUGAACAUCUCAACCCAUUUAGCUACUUCUGAUGAAUGUACCUGUAUAAUUAAUAUAAUGUCUUCGACAACGAAUCUUUAAAUGAUUUGGAACUUUCUCGAACGAUUUAAAAUAAACAUUAUGGGCUUGUAUCAUGAUUUUUCAACCAAAUCUAAAGAUGGCAUGCUCGAAUAUAAUGUAAUUUAGGCGUGGAUGUUAAAGUGGAACUUAAGAAAUUAACCAGGUAAUGAUGGAUAUUAAUAUGUAUAUUUUUUAUAAAAUAUAGUAUGCAAAGCGUACUUGCGUAUUGUUUGAUUAAUUAACACGUUUAUGAAAAGAUACUUAGGCUUGUUACUUCAAAUCUAACUUCGAUAUUAUAUAAAAUUGGGGGAACUUUUCUUAUGAAAUAUCAGUCUUAUAAAUUACCUGACCUGCCUAGUUCAGUACACAUCUCAUAUUAUUAGACUGAUAUUUCAUAUAACAGAGGCCCCCGGUCGUAAAAGUGUUAAAUACACUUUCAUUGCUAAGUUGACUAAAUUUUAGCUAUUUUUUGGGUUCUUAGCAAUGAAAGUGUCAGCUAUUUUUCCCUAAAAUAGGCUAUUUCUUAAAUCAAAAUCGUCUAGGUUUCUAGAUAAAACACAAAAAUAGUUGAAAAGCACAAAAAUAAAAACAUUUUUGACAAAUGAUCUAUUAUCGACCAUUUUAUUAAUAACUACUUACAUGUAUUUCUUUAUCAAGGAAUUCCUGCAUCACAACACUUUCGUAUUUCCUCAAAUUCUUUUUAAGAAAAUGAAAGAAAGUACCUACAGUGAAAUAUAAAAAUAAUUAGUGUUAAUAAAGUGGACAGUCGUUCUUCUGAAGGUCUAUGAUUGUCGCGUUAGUGCGCGAUAAAGCGUUCGUCUCUUAGUGACAACCUUAUUUACUUUAUCUGGUAAGUACCUAAUGCGAUAAUUAUACGCCUGAACUUUCUCUUACAUCUAUAAUGAAAUUAUAAGAUUUCUUCUCAAUUUAGAUUCGUAGUAAAAGGUCCAAAGUAUUAGUAAAAGAUAUAGUAACUGCAAUGCAGUGUGAAACAGUGCAUAUGUCAGGAAUAUUUUUUUAUCACCUGUGAUCCAUGAAAGGCAGUUAGUAUAUAAAUAGUUGGACUUAGAUAUCCUUGUGGCAUGAGUUUUUACGGCUGAAAAAAACAUCAGUACAAUACCUAACUGAAAUACAAAGUCCUUUUAUGCUAGAUAAUUGUUAUAUAAAUAUCUUCUUAAGUGAAGCAGUUUAUUUUGGCAAUUAAAGGUCACACGAUAAUGGCACCUAUUUCAUAAGUAACAAGUGCGAUUAUAAUCUACUACAAAACCACAAUAGCUAUUAUGAUUGUUACAUAUGAAACAGGGCCAAUAUUGUGAAAUACAUUUUCCCCAUAAAAGCAUGCCAUAAGGAUACCCGGAGUCUACAUAUACGUAAUACGCACUGCUUUCAUGUCCUGCACACAGCGCCUUAACUCUUAACUUAGAUACGUUAUUUAUUAAUGUAAAUAAGGUUUAAUUAAUGUACUUAAAUAGUCGAGGAUCGGUGACGUUUUGGAAAUAAUAGUUGCACGCAGACGCUGUGUAAUGUAAUAGUGUAUAUUGUAUUGAUGUUUUAGAAUUACACAGUAUAAAUAUUACAAGUAUAUUAAUUGUAAAUAAAAGUGGGAAUGUCAGCUGGUGGCGGUACUUUUAUACAAAAACUUUAAGAUUGAGAUAAAGUAAGAAAAUGUAUGCUUCACUGUAAAUCUCAAUAGCUUCCGUUUUUGACAAAGAAACCACCGAGAACCUUAAGUUAACCUCGAUUUUUGUAAGUAUAAAACGCUACUCGCUCUUAUUUCCAACUCUAAACCUUUUGAAUGAAUCAGUCAAAAUAUAUAAACUUCUAUUUAUACCUUUAUGUAUUUAUUGAUAAUGCUUGUUAAAGUAUUGAUCUGAUAGUGACAUUUAAAUUUGAUCUUUAUCGAAUACAGCUUAGCGUUCAAUUCUAUGUGUUAGUUCUUACUCAGAGGAUGCGUGCAACAACUGCUUUUAAUCGAAACAUAUCAAUAUUAUGCAUUUUUGUGCUGUUACUUGGUCUGUUUUAACUAGUUACACAAAUUCCCUAUAUUACCUACAUUUAAACUGUGGUGAGUCAUACUGAUAUUAAAAUUAAAUGUUGAACUCACGUAUUAAAGUUACUAUUGCGCAUCUUCAGGGCGCGUAGCCAACGUGCCAAUCGUUAACGCUCCGUAUCGUAUCGUAGUCAUCUCUCUCUAUCACUCUUCCCCACUAGAGUGACAGUGACAGUCGAGUUUCAUUCGCUAUGGAGCGUUAACGAUUGCACGUUGGCUACGCACCCUGGUUUAUUUCCGCUGGAAAUUUGCUAGUGUUUUCAUCUACGCGUCGCGGCCGUCGCGGCGCACACUCAAAAAUAAUUGACUUCAAUAUGUGACUAAUCAAUUAUCAAUUAAUCAUUUUAUUCUCAUUUUAAAUAAUGUUUUAUUUAACCAAAAGCUAAAGUCAUCGGUCCCUAAGUAGCUUGUCGUAGCAGGCUAGUUAAAGCAUUUGUAGACUUAAACUGGACAUGUCUGUAGGUGGCUAGGCUAAGUUAUUGUACUGUACGUUAGGCUAAGUUGACUGUAAAAUCACUUUCGUCUAUGGUAUUCACGUAAAGACUUUUUUUCAUUAAGUUUAAUAUUUUAUUGUGUUGAUAAGACACGUUGUAUAUAGAAAGAAGUCUAUUUUUUGUUAUCGAUCUAUUUCUUCUUGUUUAUUUUGUGUUGAGUUGAGACAUACUUUCCGUUACUAUAAUUGUAAACGAUUUAAUAAAGAUUUUUUUCUGACAAAUCUCAA